GAAAGUCGGAAACGGUAAAAAGAUAAUUUUAGGUGGAAUGAAUUGGCCGGGCGUUGAGCUCUGUGUUUGGCGUUGUUGUGUUCGAGUCAAAGUUGAAUUUGAACUCUGAAAGCAAGGCCAGAGAGCGGCAGGAGAGACGGCUGUAGGCUCUUUUUUUUUUUUUAAUUUUUUGUUGGCUUGGAUGAUUUGUCCUCUGGCUAUUAAUUUCGUGUUGUUUUUUACUCGAUUCUUUCUACUCUACUAAUAAACAACAGUAACAGUGGUUGUUUCUGAAAAUUCCACCGGCGAUAGGCCCGGAUUCUUCACACCUGUACUUGCCAUGAACGAACGUUACUUUCUGUGUUUGCUGGAUAAGAUCUCUUAGCUUAGCUCUCUUUUGAUCCAUCUCUCUCACUCUCCUGUUACCGGCAUUGUCAAUUUAAGCCUCAAAUUAACCCCUAUUACUACGACGUCGUUUCGUUGUACUUUAUUUCCUUCCACUGCUUCUUUCGCUUCUUCAAUCACUCCCGCUCGGACGCAGAUAGUGGAAUCAGUAUAAGGUAGAUGGAAAACACUGAAAUGCGGGAGCAAGAUUUGGUGAAUAGUUUAGAUGCCAACCUUGUCGAUGCUAGUCUUCAACAGGGAGACUCUCUUGGAAAUGGUCAUGCGCCAUCUCCAAAGACUACUGAGGAUAAGACUGUGACUUUGCCUUCUGAUCAGCAAAUGUUGACUGAUGAGCCUGAUGGUAAAGUUGCAAUUACUGCUGAUUCAAAUGCAAAUGCAGAUAAUGCUACUCAUGAGCUGCUUGAGAGUAAAAGUGAAGGAGAAGAUACCCAUGUUGAAAAUGACCAAAAAACUGAGACUUCUCUUACUCCUCUUCCACAAGGAGAAUCUUUGACUUCUGAAGCUCAAGAGGGGAAUGCGAGGAAAUCCAAUAAUUGGUUGAAUGAAACAGAGAUGGAUGGAGUUGAUGGUUCACCAGAGGAUCAAGUAGAAUUCAUGAAGGAGGUGGAAACUUUCUAUAGGGAGAACGCCCUGGAAUUCAAAGCCCCAAAGUUUUAUGGAGAACCACUAAACUGCCUUAAGUUAUGGAGGGCUGUUAUUAGAUUGGGUGGCUAUGAAGUGGUGACUGCAUCUAAGUUGUGGCGGCAAGUAGGGGAAUCUUUUCACCCCCCAAAGACCUGCACGACUGUGUCUUGGACGUUCCGCAUUUUCUAUGAGAAGGCACUAUUAGAAUACGAGAAGCAUAAGAGGUUAAUCGGUGAGCUUCAACUCCCCACAUCAUCUUUCUCUCAACCUACAAGUGCUGAAAAGGAGGUAAGUGGCUACCAGACUCCAGGGUUGGGUAGAGCACGUAGGGAUGCUGCAGCUCGCGCAAUGCAGGGUUGGCAUGCUCAACGUCUUCUCGGAUAUGGUGAAGUUGCUGAGCCAGUCAAUAAGGAGAAAAGCUUAAAUUCUACGGCAAGGCGUGAAAAACAUCUCAAGAAUAUUGGUUUCCCAAAAAACAGGACACCGACAAAUUUGGAUCAUGCUGAGAAACAUGCACAUGCAGAAACAGAUAAGCAACUGGUCACAGAAAUUGCUGAUAUAGGACCGCCUGCUGAUUGGGUGAAGAUCAGUGUUCGGGAGAUGGGGGAUUGCUACGAGGUAUAUGCUCUGGUCCCUGGGCUUCUGCGGGAGGAGGUGCGGGUUCAAUCAGAUCCUGCUGGACGGCUGGUUAUAACUGGUCAACCCGAGCAAGUGGAUAAUCCUUGGGGUAUUACACCGUUCAAAAAGGUUGUCAACUUACCUGGAAGAAUUGAUCCUCUACAUACAUCCGCUGUUGUUAGUCUGCAUGGCCGACUUUUCAUACGUGUUCCUUUUGAGCAAGGAUCGGCGUGAGCAUAUUUUCAUACUUUCUUGAGCCAUGCUAUCAUUCUUUCUUGUAUGGACUACUAAAGUUUAGGUCAAGACCAUUGCCAAAAGGCCAGAAUUGGAACUAUGUGAACUAGUUGACUGAAUUCCUUAUCUAUUUUUUUUUCUUUUUCUCCUUGUUGAAAUCAAUUGAAAUUACUAAUUUGUUGUCA